AUGGCUCAAGAACUCGAUUUGGAAUUGGGUUUAGCUCCAUAUGAUCCAUGGGUUCUAAAGAAGAAUUUAACCGAGAGUGAUCUUAAUAAUGGUUUUAUUAUUCUACCUAAACAAGAUUUUGAAAAAAUAAUUCGGCAGAUGGAACGUGGUUUGGUCAAGAAUUUGGGAAACGGUGUUGAAGUGAAAGUCCAUAUUAUAGAGGAAGGUCCUGAAUCUGAUGAUUACACAUUAACACUGGUCAAGUGCAGAGGCAACUGUAUGUUCAGAGGAGGAUGGUACAAUAUGGUUAAAGCUAAAUGUUACAAACCAGACGAUGAAAUUGGACUUAUGUGGGAUAAGUGGUCUCGAAGAUUUUUAUUUCACCAUAUUAACUAG